AUGGCUCCGUAUAAGGUAUUGUACGGGAGACCUUGUAGAUCCCCAAUUUAUUGGGAAGAGCCGGAGGAUAGCCUAUUACUUAGGCCAAAGCUUGUGAGUCAGACUGCAGAGAAGGUAUCGCUUAUGAAGGUCGUUCAACGAUUCAGCAGACUGGGAAAACUUAACUCGAGAUAUGUUGGACCAUUCAGGAUUAUCGAGCGUGUUAGAGCAGUUUCAUAUAGACUAGAUCUUCGAGCAUCGAUGUUAAGUGUCUACAAUGUAUUUCAUGUGUUGAUGCUCAAGAAGCGCCUACACGAUGAGGAGCAGCAAAGGGUGAUUGAUACACCUGAGGUCGAGAUUCAGACAGAUUUGUCCACCAUUGAGUUGCCAAUUUGCAUCCUUGCUAGAGAGGACAAGAGACUAAGGAAUAAGGUCAUUCCCUUAAUGAAAGUUCAGUAG